AUCCAACAUCCAAUAACGAAGAAAAAAUACUUGGAACUUCCACAAAAUGUCAGAAACAAAAAGUUUUUCCAGCAUUGAAACUCCCGGCUAUGUGGGUUUUGCCAAUCUACCCAAUCAGGUGCACCGCAAAUCAGUGAAAAAAGGUUUCGAAUUCACUCUUAUGGUUGUGGGCGAAUCUGGUUUGGGUAAAUCAACACUGGUCAACAGUUUGUUUCUCACAGAUUUAUAUCCGGAACGCAUCAUACCCGAUGCCGUGGAGAAACAAAAGCAAACCGUCAAGCUGGAAGCCUCCACUGUGGAGAUUGAGGAGCGUGGUGUUAAGUUGCGUUUAACGGUUGUGGACACACCCGGUUUCGGUGAUGCCAUCGAUAAUUCGGAUAGUUUUAGUGCCAUAUUGGAAUACAUCGAUGAACAGUAUGAACGUUUCCUGCGCGAUGAAAGCGGUUUGAAUCGUCGCAAUAUUGUCGAUAAUCGUAUACAUUGUUGUUUUUAUUUUAUAUCGCCAUUUGGUCAUGGUCUCAAACCCCUCGAUGUGGAAUUCAUGAAAAAACUACAUUCCAAAGUCAAUAUUGUGCCUGUGAUUGCCAAAGCCGAUUGCCUUACAAAAAAGGAAAUUCUGCGUUUAAAAUGUCGCAUCAUGCAAGAAAUCGAAGAUCAUGGCAUUAAAAUCUAUCCCUUGCCCGAUUGUGACUCCGACGAGGAUGAAGACUACAAGGAACAGGUGAAACAAUUGAAAGCAGCAGUGCCAUUUGCCGUCUGCGGUGCCAAUACUCUACUCGAAGUUAAGGGUAAAAAAGUCCGUGGUCGUUUAUAUCCAUGGGGUGUGGUCGAAGUGGAGAAUCCAGAACAUUGCGAUUUUAUUAAACUAAGAACAAUGUUGAUCACCCACAUGCAAGACCUUCAAGAGGUUACACAGGAAGUCCACUAUGAGAACUAUCGUUCCGAUCGUUUAGCCAAGGGUAUUAAAAACAAAGAGAAUGGCAUAAUUAAACCUGAACGUGAUUCUAUGGUGCCCACACAAAUUGUGCUGACAGAAAAGGACCGGAUACUGCAGGAAAAGGAAGCUGAACUGAGACGUAUGCAGGAAAUGUUGGCACAAAUGCAGGCUAAAAUGCAAGCGCAACAAUAAGUCUUUGAGUUUUCCAAACAACAAAAACCCU